AUGCCUCGUGCAAUCCUGUGCGUUCUGGACAGUUUCGGCAUUGGCGGUGCCACGGAUGCGGACGCCUUCGGCGAUGCCGGGUCCGAUACACUCGGUCAUAUCGCCGAGCACUGCGCGGACGGUAGGGGCGACAGGGAAGGGCUGCGCAGCGGUCCCUUGUCAGUGCCCAACAUGGAUCGGCUCGGACUUGGGGCUGCGGGGCGUCUUUCAACCGGAAAGGCUAUUCCCGGCCUGGAUUUUCCGGGAGAUCCAGAUGGUCUCUGGGGAUAUGCUGCUGAAGUCUCGCACGGCAAGGAUACUCCGUCCGGUCACUGGGAGAUCGCCGGUGUUCCCGUGCGCUUUGACUGGGGCUAUUUCCCGGAGACAAUUCCGGCUUUUCCGAAGGAACUUGUCGCAAAGAUCAGCGAAGCCGCAGGGUUGGACGGAAUUCUCGGUGACAAACAUGCAUCUGGAACCGAGAUCAUCGCAGAACUUGGCGAGGAACAUGUCAGGACAGGCAAACCGAUCUUUUAUACCUCUGCGGAUUCCGUCAUCCAGAUUGCGGCACAUGAAGGACAUUUCGGUCUGGAGAGGCUCCUGAAGCUCUGCGAAACAGCUCGUGAAUUUGCCGACACCUACAAUAUUGGCCGUGUCAUUGCCCGCCCGUUUGACGGCGAGUCGUCCGAAACGUUCCGACGCACCGCCAACCGGCGCGAUUACUCCGUCCUGCCGCCUGAACCGACUUUGCUGGAUCGCCUGAGUGAUGCCGGGAGAACGGUCAUAGGUGUCGGCAAGAUUUCGGACAUCUUUGCGCAUCAGGGUGUGGCCAGGGUUUUGAAGGGGGCAGGCAACGAUCAACUCUUCGAUCGGACCCUCGAAGCGAUGGAGAUGGCACAAGACGGCGAUCUGGUCUUUUCCAACUUCAUCGAUUUCGAUUCGCUAUAUGGGCAUCGGCGUGACGUUCCGGGCUAUGCGGCUGCCCUGGAACACUUCGACCGGCGGUUGCCGGAAAUGAUCAACAGAAUGCGGGCGGGAGACCUGCUUGUUCUGACAGCUGAUCACGGCUGUGAUCCAACCUGGAAGGGAACCGACCAUACUCGGGAAAAUGUUCCGGUGAUUGCGACCGGCCCGGGCAUUGCGGGGAAAAGCGUCGGUGGUAGAAAAACCUAUGCGGAUAUCGGCGAGAGUGUUGCGGCCCAUCUCGGGAUCGCGCAAGGUCCGCAUGGAACGAGUUUUCUCCAGAUUGAUUGA